GGCGGCGGGUGGAAAUGAGCAGGUCGGCGGCGCUUCUCCUCUGCCUGCUGGGCUGCAACGUGUGGAAGGCGGUGACCAAAACCUUAGGGGCGCCGGAGGCGGCUCAAGAAGUAACGCUGAAAGUCCAAGUGAGCGAUGCCAGCACACAUCAGCCAGUAACGGAAGCCUUCAUUGAGAUUUUUACCAACCAGAUCUCCAUUGCAUCUGGAACCUCAGGAGCAGAUGGCACUGCCUUCCUCAAGUUUCAGUAUAAAUUGGGCAAUCAGCUGAUAGUGACUGCUAGUAAACAUGCCUAUGUGCCAAAUUCUGCACCAUGGAAACCUGUAAGAUUGCCUGUCUUCUCUUCACUGAGUCUUGGCCUUCUUCCUGAACGCUCAGCUACUCUAAUGGUCUAUGAUGAUGUAGUCCAGAUAGUCUCAGGAUUUCAAGGUGCACGGACUCAGCCACAAGUUCACUUUCAGAGAAGAUCGGUGAAAUUACCAGAGAACACCAGCUAUAGUGAUUUGACAGCGUAUCUGACCGCAGCCAGUUCACCCUGGGAAGUGGACAGUUUCCCUUACUUGCAGGGAUUGGAUGGAAAUGGAACAGGAAACAGCACCAGGUAUGACCUCACCCCUGUCGCUGCAGUCAGCGUCCAUCUUCUCAGCAGUGAUGGUACUCCAGUCCCAGUGAAUGGCCCCAUCUACGUAACAGUGCCUCUGCCAACAAACAGCAACUUGAAGCACAAUGCACACGUUCCAGCCUGGAGGUUUGACCAAAAAUUUGGGACGUGGCUGAAGAGUAGUUUGGGACUUGUGCAACAGGAAGGAAAUCAGUUGACUUGGACUUACAUUGCCCCUCAGCUGGGCUACUGGGUUGCAGCCAUGUCACCUACUAUCCCAGGUCCCGUUGUAACACACGACAUUACCAGCUAUCACACCAUGUUUCUUUUGGCAAUUUUAGGAGGGAUGGCUCUCAUACUUCUAGUCUUACUGUGUCUCCUUUUGUAUUAUUGCAGAAGAAAAUGUUUAAGACCUCGUCAGCAUCAUAAGAAACUGCAACUUCCCACAGCACUGGACACUUCUAAGAAGGAUCAAGCAACCUCUAUGUCCCAUAUAAAUUUAAUAUUUUCACGCCGUGAGUCAGAAUUUCCUGGCGGGCUCUCUGUUGCUAGCAAUGGACACACUGAAAACUCAGGUGCGAAGGAAUUAAUCAGUGCUGUCCACAUGGAGAUGGUGUCACCUAGUGGAGAAGCAGAUAUGCAUACACCUAUGCUCAAACACUCCUUCAGUACUUCCCAGGAGUUCAGCUCCCGAGAGGAACUGCUCUCUGACAAGGAGAAAGACAAGAGCAGAAUUUCCUUGGAUGACCUGACUCCCAGCGGGUCUCUGAGAAAAGACUACCACAAAUCAGCAGAUAGUUUUCCUUUAAAGACAAGAAAAUCUACAGAAACAGGUGAAGGCUAUGAGUCCCCCGUCAAAGAUGAAUAUAGGAGAAGUUACAAUGCUAUGCUAUCUCAGCCUUUAUUUGAAAAGCAAGAGAGAGAAAUUCAAGUAUCUAUGAACCAUAUUGCUACUGGAAGUAAAUACAAUAUUCAGGAACAAAUAUACCCCACACCUUCGGCUCCUGAAAAAGAGCUGCUGGACUGCAGACCUACUGAAUGUAUGAUGUCUCGUUCGGUCGAUCACCUUGAAAGACCUACAUCUUUCCCUCGACCAGGUCAGUUAAUCUGCUGCAAUUCUGUUGACCAAGUUAAUGACAGUGUUUACAGAAAAGUUUUGCCUGCACUGGUGAUCCCGGGUCAUUACAUGAAAUUACCAGAGCACUCUUUCGUUAGCCAGCCGCUGGUUGUCCCCGCUGACCAGCCCAUUGAUCUAGAAAGACUUCAGGCUGAGCUUCCCAAUCCUCAUGCACGGCUUUUUCCACACCCCCCUCAACAGUUGCAGCCCCAACAGUUGACAUCACAAGCAAUAUCUCAACAACAUUUGCAAGAUGCAGGUGCAGCUGAGUGGAGUCAACAAAACGCUUCCAUGUCUGAAUCUAUUUCCAUCCCCGCCUCACUUAAUGACGCAUCCCUGGCUCAAAUGAACAGCGAAGUGCAGCUUCUUACAGAAAAGGCGUUGAUGGAAUUAGGAGGAGGAAAGCCAUUGCCUCAUCCUCGAGCGUGGUUCGUUUCUCUAGAUGGACGCUCAAAUGCUCACGUUAGACAUUCGUACAUCGAUCUCCAAAGAGCUGGGAGGAAUGGGAGUAACGAUGCCAGUUUGGACUCUGGCGUCGACAUGAACGAACCAAAAUCUGCACGAAAGGGAAGAGGAGAUCAUCUGUCUGCACCACAGAGUCACCCACCAGUGCAAGAGCACCAGCAGAGAGAGCGGAAGGUUUCGGAUAGCACAGCUUACACCCAACUUGUGUAUUUGGAUGAUAUGGACCAAAGUGGCAGCGAGUGCGGAACGGCGGUUUGUAGCCCUGAGGACAAUGCUCUGCGAUGCCUACUGGAAGGCACGAGUAAGAGAAGUGGUGUGCAGCUGCCCAGUCUGCAGGAGGAAACGAGAACUGUGGAUACCAAACCAGAGCCAUUAACUAGUCCUGAGCAUGGAACGUCAGGUCAAGAUGAGGAGGAGGAUGAGGAGGAUGAGGAAGAUGACCAAGGUGAAGAUAAGAAGAGUCCUUGGCAGAAACGAGAGGAAAGACCACUAAUGACUUUCAACCUGAAGUAAGCUAUUGUGAAAAUCCACCAUUCAGUGGAGUAUAAAAUUGCCAAAUAUUCUUUCUGUGGAAGUGCUUGAUUUUUUUUUUCUCCCUUUUUUUUUUUUUUUUCUUUUUUUUUUUUUUUGUGGAGAGAAAAGAGAAAAAUAAACUGGUGAGCAACAUUUGAAAGAA